CUUCAGCCAUGAAACAAACACUGUGCAGCCGCUCCGUCCUAUGACUCCAACACUGACACAUUUAUCAGAAGUGAUGGAUGCAGCUUAUGACCUCGAUGAAGACGACGAACUUCUGGCCUACGACUUUCAGAGGACCAUUCAAGAGUUGUGUCAGAGAGAGAAUUUAACAGGAUCAGGGAGGAGUGAAGCUCUGAAGCUCGCAGUGGCCAUCAAACAAGGCGACAUGUCGGUGCUGGAGAAGCUCCGUGAUUUCCCAGAAGCCUUCAGUCAGGUGGACGAGUGUGGCUGGUAUCCCCUGCACAGAGCGGCAGUCCAGCCUCUGGUCCUGGUCCUGGAGACGGUGCUGUACGCAUCUUUCAGUCUGACUCUGGAGGAAAAGACUUCGGAGGGUGAGACCUUCCUGACGUUAGCAGUGAAAGCUGGUUUGGUGGAAAACGUGAAGAUGCUGUUGGACCACGGAGCUUCUCCUCACACGACAAACAGCAAGAACGAAUCCCCUCUGCUUCUAGCAGUCAGAGCCAGAUCUCAUGCGACGGUUUCCAGGCUGAUAGCUGGAGGAGCUCGGGUGGAGCAGGUGUGUCUGAAGAAAUGGACGGCCAUGCACGAGGCCUCCAGGGUCGGCUGUGUCCGUGUCAUGGAGCUGCUGCUGCAGGAAGGAGGCCGGGUCUCAGAGACAGACCAGUAUGGAGUGACUCCUCUGGGCACGGCUGCAGAGUACGGACACUCUGAAGUUAUGGAGCUCCUCAUCAAACAUGGUGCUGAUGUAAACGAUCAGGCGCCGAAUGGCGACAGCGUCCUAUACGAUGCUGCAGGUUCUGGGAAUCCAGACUGUAUCAACAUCCUGCUGCUGCACGGAGCAAACCCCAACAUCCACAACCUGAGCUCCCAGCUGCCAGUCCACCACGCCGCCUACAAGGGACACAUCCUAGCUUUGAGGAUUCUGAUCCCGAUCACCACCAGACGAGCCCUGCGGUUGUCGGGCCACAGCCCGCUCCAUUCUGCAGCUGACGGAGGCCACACUCUCUGCCUGGAGCUGCUGCUGCAGAGAGGCUUUGACGUCAACGCACUGUUAUCUCCUCACAUCUCCGACAACUACGGAGACAUGAGGAGAAGCCCGCUCUACUUUGCUGUCUCCAACGGGGACGCAACUUGUACCGAGCUUCUCCUGAAGUCUGGAGCCAUGCCCGACCUGGACCCGCUGCGCUGCCUCCUGGUGGCUGUCAGGUCGGGCCGCUACAAGAUCGUGGAGCUGCUGCUGGCGGCCAAAGCGGACGUGAACUGUUACUUUACGGCGGUGAGCGACACGCUGUUCCCCACGGCGCUGCAGUACUGCCUGAAGGACGAGGUGAUGAUGAGGCUGCUGCUCAACAACGGCUACGACGCAGAGAAGUGUUUCUGUUGCAACCAUGACGAGGACUGGGACGACCUGAGUGAGUCUGGUUACUCACAAGAUCAGGAGGAAAAAAUCGCUUUUUGUGACUUCGUCAGCGUCUCCUGCCUGGUGAACCUGGUGGGUCGAAUCGUGACGAUCCUCCUCGAGUACGUCGGUCAGGUUUCCCUCUGCGGGAAACUGACAAAGAUCCUGGAGAAACACAAGGAGUGGCCUCACAUCCUCUGGACCACAUGUAACCCUCGCUCUCUGUCUCACCUGAGCAGAGUGGUGAUCAGGAAACACCUGAGCUGCAGCGGCCUGAUGUCACUCCACCUGCCCAACAGGCUGAAGGACUUCCUGCUGUUCAAAGAGAACGACCUGUACGCCCAAAUCAUCUGCAGGGAGGACUGAGAGGAUGGGCUAUCUAUCUUAUCUGUGGAGUCUUAAAUGUCAGUCGUGACAUGCAGUUUAUGUAACAGGGUCUAUAUUGAUCAAAAAUGUACUAAUUAUA